CAAAUCACAAAUUAACCAUACAAAUUGUUCAACACCAAUCUAGAAAACUCAAAAAAAUUGAAGCAAAUCACAAAUUGUUCAUCUACCUACCUUGAUUGGGAAUGUAAAAUAAUCAUGUUCUUUCGUUGCGGACAAUUCAGCGAGGAUCAGAAAGUAGCAAUGGCUACUUACGAGUUCGCGGAUUAUGCUGCCCAAUGGUGGGAGCAAAUCCAAGUUCGUCGACGGCAAAAUCUGCAGGCGCUAGUUGGGAUGUGGGACGAAUUGCGCGGUUUGAUGAGGGAACGCUUUGUUCCAGCCUACUACCUGUGAGACCUACAUGACUCACUGCAAGGCAUUCGGCAAGGGUCGCGGAGCGUCGAGGAGUAUUUCCGAGAGCUGGAAUUUCUCUUACUCUGAGCAGACGUUCGUGAAGACAGGGAGGCUACAAUUUCGCGGGUUUUACAUGGCCUGAACCGCGAAAUUAGACAUGAAGUCGAGCUGAGGCCGUUUGUUGACCUGGAGGAGUUUUUUACAUCUCGUCGUGAAGGUCGAGAGGCAGCAGAAGACGACCACUGGGCGAAGGUUUUCCCCGGCAGCGAAUACAGGGGCAGAACCUGAACACAAUCCACCUCUGCCUCGGCUCGACGCGGUAAGAUUAGCGCCCAGAAACAACAAUCCCAUCGCAACUGAACGAUCUGGUAUGAUUCAGUGCUUUAAGUGCCACGGGCGAGGACAUAAAGCUAACCAAUGCCCAAAUUCGAAAACAUUGGUUCUCCGAGAUGGGCAGUAUGUUACUGAUGACGAAGAGCAGAGUUCUGGCGAUGAAUUUGUCGAUGAGGAGAUUGAAGUCGAGAAGGCUCUGACUGGGAAGCUUCUGGGAGUCAGCAAGAGAGCCCUCACUGCUGAGGCUUCCCCGGAUUCUGACCAAAGCGAAAAUAUGUUUCACUCGCGGUGUUUGGUUGCCGGAAAAUUGUUGUCCUUAAUCGUCGACGGCGGUAGUUGUGACAAUGUCAUUAGCCAGGACGCAGUGUCCAAGCUUGGGUUGAAGACACCGCGACACCCUGAACCAUACAAUCUCCACUGGUUGAAUGAUUACGGGGCAAUCCAAGUGACCAAGAGAGCCAAGGUGAGUUUUGAAAUCGGAGGGUAUCAAGACGAACUUGAUUUUGACGUAGCUCCGAUGCAAGCUGCUCAUGUGUUGCUAGGGAGGCCCUGACAAUUUGAUCGAGGUGUCUGUCAUUAUGGAGGCACGAACCAGUACAAGGUUCGGCAUAAGGGGAAGAAGUACUUGAUGGAACCAUUAACCCCGAACGAGGUUCGAGAAGACAGGCGACAACUGGAGGCUAGUCGGCGGCGUUUGAAAGACGAGUCUGCGGAGGCACGCUGAGAGGAAGCUGAGAAAAACCAUGGCGUGAUCCGACGGUUAAUGCUCACGGGUUACAAGAAGCUGAAAACGCCACGACCUUGCCGGCGCUGUGCCAAUUCGCCGGAGCAGGGCAGGAGAGAGAGUCAAACGGGUGGAGCUCUUGGGGGGGUUCCGACCCAAUCCAAUGGCGUUGUCAUGUUCCCUACAGCCCCGAAAAUCUCUUCCAUUGACAAAGUUGGACUGAUCCCUUCUGUUUUGCAGUAUCCCAAUCGAGCUUCACCUCCUCUGCAACUACCCCUGAACAAGGAACAAGUGGCCGAAUGGGUUGAGCAGUUCCAGGACGAUUCAACCCAAAUGAACGAUGUGGAAUCAUCGGGGAAGAGUCCAGGCAGCUGUUGGACUGAUCAAUUACAGUUGGGAAUGCUCAAAUUGGAAACGCCCAAAUCAAAAUCUCAAAUUCUGGGUUUCCAGGACUUGAAUGCGGCUAGUGGCGAGAAGAAGGAACACAUCGAUUCGACACAAAUGGCGACGAGUCGAGCUCAAAUGCUGAUGCAGAACUUCAAUUCGAAGCUUGGCGAAUCCAUUGGUUCCCAGGAAUUGAGUUGUCGAUCCUUGGAGAUGAAAUUCCCAAUUCCUCGAAUGAAGAACAUUGACCUUAUUUUCCAGAACUAUCAGUUUGAGUUGCCAACUUUCAAUCCCAUUUGGGAUCGAUUUUGUGCCGAAUUUGAGAAGCGAAGGGUACUAGCUUUGAGGACAAAGCUUUUUGAAGAGGGGAAGCCUGAUAUGAUCCUGGAUUGGCCCAUUAUCAAGCUAGAGCUACUGGCCAAAGAAGCCAACCCAAGUCAAUUGAAGAACAUGAAACCCAAAAAAGUAAGUGUCGUGCUUGUUUUUGGUUGAGGGCUUGGCCGAGAAACCCAAGCUCGAAUUGAGCUCUUUUAUCGAUCCAAAACGGCAUUGAUCGUGGGCGAGCAUCGACAUAUAGUUGCUGAGCCUUCCUCCAGGUGUAGGAUUACACACAACUUCCAUCCAACCUCGUUCUUCCUCCUCGGCAGAACACCAAAUCCAGUUUCCGACGAGCUCAACUCAAGGGAAGAGCUUGACUUGUAGUUCUUGUUUUUUAAAUCAAAUUAAACUUACUGGGGGGUUUAUCUAACCCUUCUUUUUGGCUCGGACCGUGUCUUUAUGAGUGCUUGGAGCUAGGCCAUCAAGCCCAACUCCUCUUAUUUGUCAUAAUUGUGGGGGUAAUGGGCAUAAUUGGCCCAAUUGUUCCAGCCCAAGCUAUUUUACUAGCCCCCUUAUUUGACUGGCUCAGCCUCUCACCUAGCCCAAGCCUCUUAGUCAGCCCAUUAUUCCGAAAAGUGGUAAGUGGAUUAUGGUGCUAAUCAUCACCUCACUUCGAAUCUUGAUAAUCUGGUCCAUCAUCCCGAGUACAAUGACACCAAUCAAGUAAUCUUUGACGAUGGUAAAACUCUCUCUGUCUCUCAAUCUCUCAUUAUGGUUCUUCUACUACAUCCAUUCCCCAUUAUUCAUUUCCCUUGAUAAUUCUUCGUGUUCAAAAUGAUCAACUUAAUCUUCUUUCGAUAAGCUCUCUUACUCGUUUUAAUCCUAUUUUCAUUGAAUUCAUUGACUCUUAUUUGUAAUCAAAGACUGUCACGCGAAGCAUGAGCUAUAUCAUGAUGAUACGGUUGAUGAGCUUUUACACUCUUUCUCUCCACAUCAGUCGAUGUCUUACACCUCGUGUCUUUUCCGAUUCACUUGAUCUUUGGCAUCUACGUCUUUGACAUGCUAAUCUUCGUGUUGUUCAACACAUAAUUGUCUAGUCAUCAAAUAAAGUACUCCGAUCCUU